AUGGAACCAACAGCCAAGGAAACCACGCUGACGCUUUUCAACAAAAUUUGGGAGACCAGUCUCGUACCUAACCAAUGGAAAGUUGCCAUAGUAAUACCAGUACUAAAAAAGGGCAAAGACCCAAGCAACUUUGACAACUAUAGGCCUAUCUCCCUCAGGAAAUCAAACACCCCUCCAGAACAAAUGCGCUCAUUGGCCCUUGAGACAAUCAAUGUCAACUAUCCUGCAGAUCAAUGGCUCCAAGUCUUCACUGAUGGGUCAUACAUAGAAAAGCAAGCAAACGUUGGUGCAGGUGUCUUUUCUGAACUCUUCUCUUUCUACGCAGCAGCGGGGCACAAUAGAUCCGCUUUCGAAGGAGAAAUAGAGGCCAUUAGGAUAGCACUAUGCCAAUUAUGUUGCCUGGAUACGAAAUUCACCAAAGCGGUGAUACUUUCGGACUCACAGUCAGCAAUAAACUCAAUUGGAAACAGAGAGCCUCCCAAAACGUUUGAGAUAAAGGAAUGUAGAAAACUCUAUGAGCUGCUGAGAGAGAAAAACAAAACAGGGGUCCUGCAAUGGAUUCCUGGUCACUGUGGCAUUAAAGGCAAUGAGCUUGCUGACACACUUGCUAAGAAGGGUACAACGAUUUUGCAAUGCAUGGACAGGCCGAUGUCUUUCCACACAAUGAAGGCCUUAAUCAGAAGAGAAUUCCAGACCUCAAUGUGCAACGAACUUAAAGCUCGAACAAAGGAGAAACAGUGGACAGUGGCAUUCUCCGACAUACCCGACUGGCCAAGAAUCGAAGCCGUUGCUGAGUUCAGACUAUUUACCGGACACAAUUGGUUGGCAAAACUUCUUCACAGAUUGGGAAUAUACACUCAACCCACAUGCCCUCUAUGUAACCCACAGGAGGAAAUGGAGAAGACCCACCUGAUUCUCUACAGGAGAAAAUGGAGAAGACCCACCUGA